AUGGCUGCGCCGCUGCUCGCACCUCCAGGCCCCGACAGCUUCAAGAGGUUCACCCCUGAAUCUUUGGCCAACAUCGAGAAGCGCAUCGCUGAGGAGAAGAAGAAGAAGCCUGUUAAACCCAGAUCUGACAGCAGUCACCGCGAUGACGAUGAUGACAACAAACCCAAGCCCAACAGUGACCUGGAAGCGGGGAAGGGCGUGCCCUUUAUUUAUGGGGACGUCCCGUCUAAUAUGUUGGCCGUGCCCCUGGAAGACCUGGACCCCUUCUAUUUGAACAAGAAAACCUUUAUAGUGCUUAACAAAGGAAAAACAAUCUUCCGUUUCAGUGCCACGCCCUCAUUAUAUAUCAUUAGUCCUUUUAACCUGUUCAGGCAAAUAGCAAUUAAAAUUUUGAUACACUCAUUUUUCAGCAUGAUCAUCAUGUGUACAAUUUUGACAAAUUGUGUCUUCAUGACAUUCAGCAAUCCUCCAGAAUGGUCCAAACAAGUAGAGUACACCUUCACAGGAAUCUACACUUUCGAGUCUCUCACAAAGAUUGUGGCUCGAGGUUUCUGUAUAGACGACUUCACCUUCCUCAGAGACCCCUGGAACUGGCUGGAUUUCAUGGUCAUCUCUAUGGCAUAUGUAACAGAGUUUGUGGACCUGGGGAAUGUGUCAGCCCUGAGAACCUUCAGGGUUCUACGAGCUCUCAAAACUAUUUCUGUCAUACCAGGGCUGAAAACCAUUGUGGGAGCUUUGAUCCAGUCAGUGAAGAAGCUGUCGGAUGUGAUGAUUCUGACUGUGUUUUGUCUGAGUGUGUUCGCCCUAAUCGGUCUCCAGCUGUUUAUGGGUAAUCUUCGGCAAAAAUGUGUCAUCUGGCCAGUCAAUUCAACAGAAACCUACCUGGCCAACGGCAGCAAGGGUUUCGACUUUAACGAAUACAUCAUGAAUGAUACAAACUUCUACUUCCUGCCAGGCAUGUUGGAUGCACUGCUAUGUGGAAACAGCUCAGAUUCAGGACGGUGUCCGGAGGGCUAUACUUGCAUGAAGGCUGGACGCAACCCAAACUAUGGCUACACAAGCUUUGACUCCUUCGGUUGGGCUUUUCUUGCUCUCUUCCGACUGAUGACACAAGAUUUCUGGGAGAAUCUGUACCAGCUGACUCUACGAGCUGCGGGAAAAACAUACAUGAUCUUUUUCGUUCUGGUGAUCUUUGUGGGAUCGUUCUACCUGGUGAAUCUGAUCCUGGCUGUGGUGGCCAUGGCCUAUGAAGAACAGAACCAGGCCACCAUUGAGGAGGCUGAACAGAAGGAAGCGGAGUUUAAAGCCAUGCUGGAGCAGCUGAAGAAACAACAGGAGGAGGCACAGGCCAAUGCCAUGGCGACUUCAGCAGGUACAGUGUCUGAGGACGCAGUGGAGGACGAUGGCGGAGGGCAUCUGUCCCGCAGCUCCUCUGAAGUGUCCAAACUGAGCUCCAAGAGCGCCAAGGAGCGCAGGAACAGAAAGAAGAAGUGGAGGAAAGAGCAGGAGGAGAAGGGAGACAGUGAGAAAGUAGUGAAGUCAGAAUCUGAUGAUGGCAGCAAGAGGAGCCGCUUCCGUUUCAGAGACAACAGGCUUGGGCGGAAGGCCUCCAUCAUGAAUCAGUCGCUGUUGAGCAUCCCUGGCUCGCCCUUCAUGUCGCGCCGCAGCAGUAUAUUCAGCUUCAAGGGCUCAGAGAACGAGUUUGCAGACGAUGAGCACAGCACGGUGGAGGAGAGCGAGGAUCGCCGUGGCUCUCUCUUCGUCCCAUACAGACGCAGCAGCUACAGCGGCUACAGUCAGGGCUCUUCUCGAAUUAACCCGCUGGCUCCACACCCAGGCUGCAAGAGAAACAGCACGGUGGACUGCAAUGGCGUGGUGUCUCUGAUCGGGCCUGGACCUGGCCGACUACUGCCUGAGGUGAAAAUAGAUAAGGCAG